AGGAGGCAGAGAAAUCGAAUUGAAAUGCUAAAAGAUCCAGACGGGAACUGGGUGAAUGACAAAGAGAGCAUAAUAGCACAGUAUAUGAGCAUUACCAGAAUACCUACAGGACUAAAGGUGAGAGAAGCUAUGCAUAGAGUUCUGCAACAAAUUCCCCCGAAGGCUACAACACAAAUGAAUAGGGAACUCCUACAACAACCAUCAAUGGAGGAGGUCAGAAAAGCAGCUUUCAACAUGGGAUCCCAAAAAUGCACUAUGACUAGAUGGAAUAUCACGUAUCUUCUAUCAAAAAUACUGGAAUACUAUAAAGAAUGA